CGAAGUGUGAUUUGGUCAGAAAAUCGGCCAGAAAUGGGGAAGUUCAACGAGGAGCAGUUGAGAACGCUGCUGGAGUUCAUGACAAUGAAUCCGGUGAUGCUGCAGAAGCGCAGUCGUUCCAACAACAAACCCCGGAUGGACUUGUGGAAGGAUCUGGCGGAGAAGCUGAACAGCCACGGUCCGCCGUACAAGUCUGAGAUCGACUGGAGGCGCUCGUGGGCGAAGAAGAAGUUCGAGAUGGCGCGCGUGAAGAAGCGUCGAGUGUCCGUUUAUGCUGACUUGGACAAUCUCUUGGCCAGAGCAUCGGAGCUGAAUGAGUCCCGGUCGGGCUGUUCGCACGAGGAGGACGACGAGUCGGACAGAGAUGUGAAGCGAACUGAGGCGGAUCCGCUGCUGAUCAGGAAGAAGGACAGAAGAGUUGACAAUCAUCAGUCCGGGAGUGGACAAAUGUCGAGGAGAAUGAAAACGGAGCUGAUGGGGAAGAAGGACGAGACAUUGGAUGGUAAUCCCAAUAUUUCCAGUGAUAUUCAAUGGUUGGACGAGUCAAGCUUCACUCCAGAAGCCACAAGUCACAAGAGACGCCCUCGGAAGCCUUCCUGCUCCAGUCUCUCCUCCUCGUCGGAUGGUGGGCGGAAUGGGGGACAGAGGAAGAGAUCGCGCGAAUCGUCGCGAAAGUCUGAGGACAGCGUUGAGCUGUUCUUCAAGAGUCUGGCGCUGGAAGUGAACAAGGCGAAUCUCCCGUCAGAGCAUUUGUUCAAUCUGGAGUGGAGCGUGCUGAAGCUGGUGUCGGAGAAGAUCAAGGAGUUCACGGAAGGAGUCGCACUGGUGCAGCCGACGUCGGGAAAACCCCCGCUGAAGUGAUUGGCGCGCGAUGAUCCAGCAGGUUUUCGACUCUUUUUCACGCAACACAGUCGCGGCCGGCGCAGCCUGAGGCGGAAAAACUGGUUUAUCGCGAGAUGAGCGCGCGAUUUGUGACCAGCGGAGCUGUCGUGAGAAUUUCGGACCCUUGAUCUGUGCUGAUCUCUUGCGAUGCGCGAUGAGAAAAAGUGUCGGAAAUAGGAAAUUGAUGCGAGAUAUCGCGGCGCGAAGGAGACAGAGAAGCGCAGCAUUGGGGAGAGAACAAGAUAAAGCUGGAAAAAGAAGCAUCGAGGGAAAUUGUAUUAUUGAUGGGGAAUUUUGCAAAAGAAUAAACAGUCGCGGAGAGACAAGAAAAUCAGUCGAGAGAAUCUGCAU